GCCGCCAUUUUGAAUGUAGGGUUUGUUCCUCCCUCCGUCGCAAAGAGAGAAGAUUCCAGUGUUUUUCUGGUGUCAAUACAGCCGAGGAUGCCAGCUCCGAUCAGACUGCGGGAGCUGAUCCGGACGAUCCGGACAGCUAGGACCCAAGCCGAGGAACGAGAGAUGAUCCAGAAAGAAUGUGCUGCUAUUAGGUCAUCUUUCAGAGAAGAGGACAAUACAUACCGCUGUAGAAAUGUUGCUAAGCUACUGUAUAUGCACAUGCUGGGAUACCCAGCACACUUUGGACAGUUGGAGUGCCUCAAAUUGAUUGCAUCUCAGAAGUUUACAGAUAAGCGUAUCGGGUACCUGGGUGCCAUGUUACUGCUUGAUGAGAGACAAGACGUGCAUUUACUAAUGACCAACUGCAUCAAAAAUGACCUCAAUCACAGCACUCAGUUUGUGCAGGGGCUGGCGCUCUGUACCCUCGGCUGUAUGGGCUCAUCAGAGAUGUGCAGAGAUCUGGCAGGGGAGGUGGAGAAACAACUAAAAACAUCAAAUUCCUACUUGAGGAAAAAGGCCGCACUGAGUGCAGUUCAUGUUAUCAGAAAGGUGCCUGAGCUUAUGGAGAUGUUCCUGCCAGCUACAAAAAACCUGCUAAAUGAGAAAAAUCAUGGUGUUCUCCACACAUCAGUUGUUCUUCUCACAGAGAUGUGUGAAAGAAGCCCUGACAUGUUAGCUCAUUUCCGAAAGAAUGAAAAGCUUGUUCCACAGCUGGUUAGAAUCCUAAAGAAUCUCAUCAUGUCAGGAUAUUCACCAGAACAUGAUGUGUCUGGAAUCAGUGAUCCAUUUUUACAGGUCCGUAUACUGAGGUUACUCAGAAUUCUGGGUAGGAAUGAUGAUGAUUCCAGUGAAGCUAUGAAUGACAUUCUUGCACAGGUGGCCACCAACACAGAGACGAGUAAAAAUGUAGGCAACGCAAUCCUUUAUGAAACAGUUUUGACUAUCAUGGACAUCAAAUCUGAAAGUGGAUUGAGAGUUUUAGCCAUUAACAUCUUGGGACGGUUCUUGCUAAAUAAUGACAAAAAUAUUAGGUAUGUGGCAUUGACAUCACUACUGAAGACGGUACAGACGGACCACAAUGCUGUACAGAGACAUCGGAGCACCAUUGUUGACUGUCUAAAAGAUUUAGAUGUAUCUAUAAAGCGACGUGCAAUGGAGCUGAGUUUUGCUCUUGUCAAUGGAAAUAACAUCCGUGGAAUGAUGAAGGAAUUGCUCUACUUCCUGGACUCCUGUGAUCCAGAGUUCAAAGCAGACUGUGCAUCGGGGGUCUUCCAUGCAGCAGAGAAAUACGCACCCUCAAAAAGAUGGCACAUAGACACUAUUAUGAGAGUUCUAACCACGGCUGGCAGCUAUGUAAGAGAUGAUGCUGUGCCCAACUUAAUUCAACUCAUAACAAACAGUGUGGAGAUGCAUGGGUAUACAGUGCAGAGGCUUUACAAAGCACUCAUUGAUGAUAUCUCGCAGCAACCUCUCAUACAAGUGUCAUCCUGGUGUAUAGGUGAAUAUGGAGAUCUGCUGGUGUCUGGGAAGUGUGAGGAGGAGGAGCCCAUUCAGGUUACAGAAGAUGAAGUUCUUGACGUUUUGGAAGGCAUCCUGGUGUCAAACUUGUCGUCCACUGUUACAAGGGGAUAUUCUCUCACAGCAAUCAUGAAACUCUCCACCAGGUUUGCCAGUGCUGUGAACCGAAUCAAGAAGAUUGUUUUGGUUUACGGUAGCAGCAUAGAUGUGGAGCUCCAACAGAGGGCAGUAGAAUACAAUGCACUUUUCAAGAAAUACGAUCACAUGAGGCCGGCCUUAUUGGAGCGAAUGCCUGUCAUGGAAAAGACAUCCACCAAUGGUCCAACAGAGAUUGUGCAGACCAAUGGAGAAACAGAGCCUUCAAUCCUGGAAACUAAACACAUGCCCAGUGUCCCCCAACCAACUAACCAGGCAAAUGACUUGCUUGACCUUCUUGGUGGAAAUGAUGUAAUGCCUGUGAUUCAGACUGCCCCCCCAACAAAACUAGUCUCAGCUGGCGGAGAGCUCCUAGAUCUGCUUGGGGAUCUCUCACUUUCCGGUGGUGUUCCUGCACCUGGCCCUCCGGUCUCAAUCUCCCAGCCUCCCUUUCUGUUAGAUGGGUUAGCAUCACAACCACUUUUCAAUGAUGUUGCAGCAGGUAUUCCUCCUAUGAUAGCAUACAAUAAAAAUGGGCUGAAAAUAGAUUUCGCAUUUGAGAGGUCCAACACAAAUCCAAAUAUAGCAGUUAUAACCAUGCAAGCCUCAAAUUCAACAGAGGCCGAGAUGACAGAGUUUGUAUUCCAGGCUGCUGUACCAAAGACGUUCCAGCUGCAGCUCCUAUCUCCCAGCAGUAAUAUUGUCCCAGCACUGAACGCAGGAACCGUGACACAGAUUAUCAAAGUACUUAACCCACAAAAGCAACAACUUCGAAUGAGGGUCAAGUUGACCUACACCCAUAAAGGUUCAUCUCUACAAGAUCUGGCAGAGGUCAACAAUUUCCCUCCUCAAUCUUGGCAGUGAUGACCACAAUCCCAUGUCUUAAUCCCCUACAGGGGAACUCCGGGAAGAAUCCCCCUGACUCAUCCCAUGUGACAUCACCGCAAAGUGCAACCCAGGGAUGCACAGGGAGCAAAUGAAUCUGACAUAAGAUGAUGACUAUAAUGAUUUCUGAAAACAUAUCCAUUAGUAACUUUUGUUUAAUUGAUUCAUCUGAAGAUGUCUGCUUGCAUUAACCACUGCACCCCGUCCAUCUGUUGGUACACAUGCACACUACGCACCUGCACAGCACAUUCCAUCUGCUGUUUCUAUGCUGUAAAGACCCCACACACAUCUUGUCAAUGAGUGCACAGAAGCUUUUUUUGUUUGUUUAAAUAGAUAUAACUAAAAUCUAAGACCAACCAGCUUAUUACAUCCAUCACUUGAAUCUUUACUUUGCUGUUCCAAGAUCCUAAAACCUUUUAUUUUCUAAAUUCAAUUUUGUCUAGCUCUGAGGUUGCAGUAAAGCAUUUGCUGGCUCUAAGAUCCCAAUACUGAGUUGCACUUUUGUUGAAUUUCAUGGCUUACAAACGUGUUUGUCCUAGAAUUGCCUAUGCUGAGAUUUCGUUUCAUUUUGAUGCAUUCUGCUUGAAGCUCUUUUUGCAUUUACUUAUUUAGUAGGAAAGUCAAACCUAAAUGGAUUAAAAUGAACCACAGAAAAUUCUAUUAGUGUCCGCUGUAGAUGUUUGGAUAAGGGUCGAUUUUAGACUACAAUCAUGUAUGAAAGUAAUUAAAAACCAAAGGAUUAUUCUCCCCCUUAGAAACAGUAAUAAACAUUUUAGUGGAAGGGUUGAGUACCUCCUUCUGUAAGGUGUGGUAUCAGGGAUGAGUAUCUCAUUCUCUAAGGCAUGAAAUCUGUUUUUUUUUUUUUGUUUGUUUUGUUUUUUUUGUGUGUAACCUAUUGUAGCAUUGGCAAUACAGCCGUUUUAUAAAUUUGUGUUUUAAUACAUCACAGCAGUUAUUAUUGUUCAAUUGGCUCCAAUCAGGAAAACACCCCAAACACAUGGGGGAAAUAGUGGGUAGUACAUUUCUAUAGCGAUAGGUAAAGACCAGAUGCUUUGUAACUUGCUCUACUCCAGUUAAGAUGAAGAAAAAUGUUUUUUAAAGUUGUCUAGUGUGGGGGUUGCAAAGUUGCAUUUACUGACUAACAUUUAUCCAUUUAAAACAAAGAUGCAUUUUCCUGACUUGGAAGUGUUCAAAUUAAUUUGAAAAGUACAACAGCACUUUUGAACCUCUAAGCUUAUCCUGAAAAAUUGUGAUAAUAAAACCUAGGUUUGUUCUGGUUUAGCUCAGGAUACAGGUAGCAUUUUCAUUCCAGAAUGAAAUCCUGUUUGUUUUUUUCUGUUAACAUUUAAUAACCUGCCAGAUAAAUCUAUUGUACUAAUUUCAGUUAUUUUAAAUAUUGUUAUUUUGCCUGUGUUUAGCCCCAAGCUCCACCAUUGAUUGCUUACCAGCAAUACCUAUCUGCAUCCAUGAAGUCUUUUAAUAAAUAGCCAUAGAAGCAAAUGAUUGUGUGUAUAUAUAGCUAGGCAUUUGAAUAUCAUCUUGAACGUAGUCCUGACUUCCGAGGGCACUUUUCUUCUACUCUGGUUCAUCUCUUAACAACCUCCUCUUGUCCAAUUUACCACGUAUACAGAAUUGGCUAUGUCAAAAAAAAAAUUCUUGGGCAUGUUUUAAAAUGUGUAGGAAUAAUGCCUGCUAUUAAAGUGUGCCUUUUAACGUAUCGUAGGCAGAUUUCCCGGUGCCACCCCCUGUAUUGGUUUAUUCUUUAUUUGGACAUGGCUCUGCAUCAUGGGCUGUAAUGUGUUUAAUUCUAACAUCUUUGUCAAAGAACAACUUCUGUGUCUGGUAAGGCUUAGUAAACCUCAAAACCAUCACUACAGCUUCCAGCUAAAAGAGAAUUUGGUUAGCAGCACUAAGAAAUUUAAUCUUAAUGGUAUUUUAGUUUCAUUUAGUUUACUGUCCAGAUUCUGUUAAUGUGAUUGUUUUUUGUUUGGCUUUAAUGUAUUGUACAUACUUCCUCUUUUUGUUGUAACGCACCUUCAAAUUGUUGAUUCAGAAGUAUGUAAAUUACUACUUUGUACUCAUGAAAUCUUAAGUGCAAAUUAUUAAUAGUCUUUAGUUUUUAAAUGCAAAAACAAAUUCAUAGGUGGAUCAUUUCCUGUUUUGUCAACGAUAGCUGCUGUUAAGUGUUAUAUCUCUCGCAACAUAGUUGUUUCAAAAUCGAAUUUAAAACCAUAGUCGCUAAAUUGUGAGGAGUGUAUGGGGCAGUAUAAAGCAAGAUUUUUCAGUAAACAUACCCAGGUGCUUUAGCUUUACUGAUUUGUAAUAUGCCUCUAAAGCUAACAUAAUUUGCUUUAUGAUUGAUCAAGCUUUUGUUAUUACUUACUUAAAGGUGUAGUAUCCAAUCCAAAAAAAAGGCUGUGGCCUUAAAUUGGUGAAAGUAGAAGCAAGAGCAUGUCUAUUUGCUUCACAGAUCAGGUUUUCAAGGAAGUGUCCAUACACUUGAAAUCUACAUUUUAAAGAAUUUAAGUCUGGCCUGCCAACUGUGUGCUUCUGAUAAAGUAGAUUACACAGAAGGAUAUGUUUUGGAAUUAUGUAGUGAUCUAACACCAAUGGGUUACAUUACAGUCUAAUUAUGGGGGUUAGUUUAAGUAUAGACUAUUGAACAGUGGUGCCCUAUUUACUUUGAGUAGGAGAUGUAAGAAAUGUUAUGUUAAAGAAUUAAACAACAAAAUGCAUAGUUUUCUUUAAUGUGUGUAUAUAUUGACAGCAUUUUCUUUAUUUUCUAACUUUAUACUUUAUCGUGGUCCCUGUUGGAGAUAAGUUUGAAAAAAGAUUCAAAAUUUUUGUCUCCGUUGUUUGCUUGACAGAGUUGAUAAGACUUUCCCCAAUUCCAUGUAUAUUGCAGAACAAACUUUGCAUCUGCUGCCUGUAUAUUGUAUAUAAUUGUACAAAAUAUUGCUGAAUGAUUAUCCAAUUGAAGACCCGAUUACAAAUUAGUUGAUUACUUAAUGGUAUACAGUUAUUUAAUUAUUCAUUGAGGGAGACUAACCACUAUCCCUGCAGUUUGUUGAUUCUAUAGACAGGGAUAGUGGGUUUUGUUUUUUGUUUUUUACUCUUCAAUGGUGCAUGUAUUAAAUUAGCAUACAUUUAUCUUGCUGAAAUUAAAUAUUUUCUCCAAAUGUACUGAAGAUUUUCCAUCAGACAAUUGAUAAAUUGCUGGUGGCUGGGGUUUUGUUAUUUGGGGUGUACUGAAAAAUAAAUUGUUUAUGGAGGAAGUGCUAA